ACAGGUGGCACUUCUGCAGAAUCUGCACCCUCACGGUCUGGAGAGAAAUCUCCAUGGAAUUAUUUCACACGUAAAUGAGGACCUGUUUAAUUAGCUGAUCUUUAAUUUCACUAAGAGGCACGGGGAAAGAAAGCUGACCAUCUGGCGCAGCUCGCUUAUAGAAGCAAAAUAACAACAGGAGGUCACAUCUGGAGAAUCAUCUGGCAUAUUUUCAAAAGAAAAUCUAAAGAAUUAUAAAUAUGGACUGUAAAGAGGAAAUCAGUGACUCUGACAGCGGGAUCAUUUUAAACUCUGGCCUGGACAGUCCCACAUCCCCAAUGAAGGACCUAAGCACACAUACACGUGCUAUGAGACUGAAACAGCAGGCCCUGGAAGACAGACUGGAGCUGUGUGUCCUGGAGCUGAAGAAACUCUGCAUCAGAGAGGCUGAACUUACAGGAGAACUGCCCUCCGAUUACCCUCUACUGUCUGACGAGAAGCCUCCGCAGAUCCGCCGACGAAUUGGAACUUCUUUUAAACUGGAUGAGGGUUUUAUUUCACAAGAUGGCGAGGAAUCUGAGCUGCAUGCACUGGAGGCUGAUCUAGCACUGCAGCGGCAGAUUUAUGAGGCAGCCCAAAAGCUCUCCCUCGAGGAGCACAUAAGCAAACCAGUGAGGAAAAGCCGACUGCAGCAGUGCAAACGUGAAGAGAAGAAACUGAAAGAGCUGCAGGAUACUGUACUGAAACACAGCAUUAACCAUGACUGUGUUUCUUCGCAGACAUGUUAUUCAUCCAGGCAAAGAGAUAUGUGUAUGUCAGAUGAUAGCUCGCUGUCUUACGCUGUUGACUUAGAUGAUGAUUCAGACACCACUCCCUUGUCUCUUGCCGUUCUGGAAUCUUCUACAGACAGUGGUUUCCAACAUCUGACACUUUUGCCCGAUAAUGUCCCAAAGCAAUCAAGCUCCAGCUCCCAUCUAGACUAUGAGCCCUCACCCAUCCAGAACACUCCUUGGAAGGAAUCCAGCCUGGACCAGCCCUAUCAGAAAAAAAAGGCGUCUCUCUCUGCAUGCAGCAGCCGCUCAAGCAGUCCAACAGACAUUAGACCAGCAGAGCUCCCUCCACCACCUCAGUUUGUGUUUAAGAGCCUGCCAGUGCGGAACAAUCAGCCAAACAGCACCCCCUCCACUCCAGAGCUGCCACUUCGCCGACAGUUCUCACAAUCCUUCAGACUCACCAGAAGUAAACCAGAAUUGACUAAGACCAACUUAGACCUGGGGCGGGGCCGGACCAAGUUACCAUGUCGACGAGUGACAGAUUUUGCCUUGGCCUACUCAGUUCAGCGUUUGUACCAGUGCAGCUCUGAGGACAGCAGCUCUGAGCUUUCCAUUUCCUCCUACAGCAGCUCAUCCAGCAGAGAAAUGAUCACCGAGGCACCCAAACCUUGUCCACCUCCAUAUGGCUACCACUGCACUUCUCCAAAUCAACCACAGAGCCAGCUCAGUGCCCACAGGCCACCUAAAAACAACAACAACAUACCUUACCUUGUGUCCAGCCCCAAUCAAGUGAAGGUUAUCAAUGGGACAUCACAGGAAGCCAACAUGGAAAGGCUGCAGCUCGAACCAAACACCCCACUAGGUACUGCACGUAUCUCCAAACCCACAAAUAAACCCCAACACGUGGAGGUUACUUUGCCUGAACGGAUGCUCAAACCACCCCCACCAUAUAACAAGGUGGUCCGCACGACGUCACUAAGAGAAUACCCCAAUCAUCUAGGCCAGGCACCUCGACAUGUGGUAUCGGGGGAGCUUAAAACCUGGCACCAGAAAAACAAUGUAGGUCCGAUCAGGCCUUGCUUACUUGAACGGCAAGGAUCUAUCCAAAUUACGCGCCCAGAGCCUCCACCCUACCACCAGAUUCCCCCUCACAACCAGGUUCCUCAGAAAGUGAUUCUGCAAAGGGCUUCAGAUGGAACUCCGCUGCAGUGGUAUGAAGGGGAAGAUGCUGAGAUUGUGAGUCAGGUGUGACUUGGAAUCUACUAUCUCUCAAUGUAUACCAUCUUUAUUUUUAUUAAUUGAGCCAAUGGACUCACUAAUGCAUAGUGAAAAUUAUAUUAAUUCACAACAAGCCCUUUUGACCAAGAAGUGUAGCUGAGCCAAUGAAAUAUGGUAAGCCUCAAUUCCGUACACCUGCAUUUGUAACACUUGACUAAAUUUAAAGUCAAAGACUUCCUUGUUUGGCAUCAUGCCAGAUAUUUAUGAUGAAUAUGUAAUAUAAUUACAGUCUUACUGAUUUCAGUAGGCUGUGGCCUACUUUUACUGAAUGCCUUGAAAGUGACAUCAUUUUGUAUGUAUUUGUGUCUGGUACACGAUUCUUUAGAAUAUGAAGUAUUUUGCCUUUGUUUCCCCAUUAUAUAAUUUAAUACAUUAUUAUUUAAUGUAUUUAUGUUUGCACAUAAUUUUUAAAUACAAUUUGCCCCUUUCCUAACACAUUAUUUUAAUUUACUGAAAUGUCUCUGAAAUGUUGCUAUGCUACUGUAUAAUUCAUUUUAAGAAUAAUCUUACAUGUCUGUGAGUCUUAAUACCAAAAGCAGAUAUUUUCCUCCAUGUUUGUAUUCUAACUACUUAUGAAAUAUAUUUUAUAUUAUUUAUAAUACACUUUA